GAAGAUGGCCAACUCCUGGCAUCUCGGGAAGCUCAAACGGGAGCUUUUCUGGUCGCGCGCGGUGGACUUUUAAGUCCGCUUAGUUUCACCGCGAACGCUCGACGCGCAUCAUGCCGCGCACGCUCAGCCGACUUAACAAAAACCAUAUCAAAAUUUUCGUUUAAACAAACGUGAAACGUGCGAAAAUAAAAUUUUGUGUAAAAAUUCACUUGGUGAUGGGUUAGUGUAAAAGUGUCAAGUGUGUAAAUCGUAAUUUGUGCGAAAAUAUGCGCCUGGGAAACGGAUAUCUAUACUUAACUUUGGCGGCUGUUGUCCACACGGCGCUUGCCUACUCACAUGCGGACUUUCAGAAAGUUCCAACAAAAGUUGUCUGGGCGGUAACAGGACGAGAUGUUGAAUUACCUUGCGACGUCACUCCGCCUUUACCAAGUGAUGCAGUCAGUAUGGUUUUUUGGUUCAAGGAUACCACAGGUACACCAUUGUAUAGUUUGGAUGCCCGAGGUGGCGCUUUAAACACUGCAUCACAUUUGACAAUGAGUGACGAUCUUGGUACUAGGUCAUAUUUUAUCACAGAUGAAAAUCCAUCGCGCGCACGAUUAAAAAUUCAUCGCGUCACACAUGAGGACGAAGGGGUGUUUCGAUGUCGAGUUGAUUUUACUAAUUCACCAACGAGGAACUUCAAAGUGAAUCUCACAUUAGUCGUCCAACCCUCAACGCCGAAAAUCUUUGACGCCGAAGGCAAAGAAGUGAAACACGAAGCCGGACCAUUCUUCGAAGGCCAACCAUUGUUUCUGUCCUGUCAGACAACUGGCGGAAAACCUCCACCUAGAGUCACAUGGUGGGCAAAUGACACUCUACUUGAUGGUGUGGUGGAUACCGGAAGAUCUGCACUGACUGCAGUCAACCAAUUGGUCAUUCCUAAAGCUCCCAGAUCACUUCGGGGAAGUCGAUUGGAAUGUCGAGCUUCCUCAAUGGAAAUCGCCGGUGAUAUUGUCCGAGAAGUUCCAAUUAUUAUUUUCUUGAAGCCAAACAAAGUGAAAAUCGUGACGCCAAACGAGCUUCUAUCUUCGAGCAAAGUCGAGACGGUGAGGUGUGAAACUUCCGGAUCAUAUCCACCUGCAAAAAUAUCUUGGUCACUGGAUGGAAAACCAAUUAGGAAUCAAGUUCUUACUGAAGAGGAAACAUCAACUUCCACAACAAGUAUUCUUUCCCUGCGAACAACCCCAGAUGAUGACGGUAAAGAUUUAGUAUGCCGCGCGAGUAAUCCGCGAUUUUUGGGCAUUUACACCGAAGAUCGCCGGCAAAUUCACGUCGCAUAUCCUCCCAAGGUAGUUGUACGUCUGGACACAGGAUCGUCGCCAGUUCAGGAGGGUGCGACUGUUGUUUUACGGUGUGAUUGUGUUGCUAGACCCACUCCACACAAUUUUAAUUGGUAUCACAAUGGUUACCUGAUAAAUUACAACGAAUCAGCUGGUAUUUUACCAAUCGACGAUUUACUCACUAUCAAUCGAAUCGAAAUCACUUCAGAUGGUGAUUAUUCCUGUGCAGCUACAAAUUCUGAAGGUGAAACCUACAGUGCACCAUUAAAUAUCCUGGUUCAGUAUGCACCCAGAUGUAAGAAGGGCUACGAAACGAUGCGUGUCGGCGCGGUGCCAUUCGAAAGCAUGGUGGUGCAUUGUCACGUCGAUGCCCUACCGGAAGUGACGCGAUUUCAUUGGACUUACAAUACCAGUCGAGGCGUGCUGCCGAUUCAAGGCGGGAAAAUGCAGAAUAAAAUUGGCGUUUCAACGCUGCAUUUUACUCCGGGAGCGAUGGACAUUGAUUCGCUGCAAUGCUGGGCGACAAAUCACGUUGGCAGACAGGAAACACCCUGUUUAUUUUAUAUUGUACAAGCACACGUGCCCGAACCGCCAUCGGACUGCGUGAUCCGAAAUGCGACUCACGGCGGCGGUCUCGAAGUGUCGUGCACAGCGGGUCGCGACGGCGGCUUGCGGCAGUCGUUCGUACUGGAAGUGGACAACCUGUCUGGUUCGGGCGAUGCUUCCGCCACAGUCGAAACGACGCUCAGCGACCAGGGCGCUGAAAACGCCACCCCCUUAUACCGCGUGCUCGGCGAGACGCCUAUCUUCCGAUUGCACAGUUUACAGCCGGGACAUGCCUAUCAGUUGUUGGUCUACGCUGUGAACGCAAAAGGCCGCAGCAAUCCGCCAGUGAUGCUCACGAACAUCCGCGUGGAGACACCGCUGGAAAAUGGAUUAUCAAGAGAGAUGGUUAAUUCAAGUUCAAUUAAUCUGACAUUGGUGUUGGUGAUAUUAGCAUCAGCAGCCAUGUUACUUAUACUUGGAAUUGUCGUAGUGGCAAGUAUAUUGGUCUGUCGGAAACGACCGGAGGUUGUGAUGCGACGAAGAAGCAGUCGACCGCCUGAUGAAUUGGAAUUGUCGGAAGCUGGAUUCAACGAAGGAUUCCAUCGGCGAUCGGCGCAAUAUCGAGCGAGCGUGUACAAUACCGAAUUGGAUAGAGAAUUGGAUGUUACGUUGAAUUCUCAAAAACCACAAGGCCCGGAUUUGAUCCUCAGCCCAGUGAGCUUCACCCAGCAGAACGCCCAAUACUGACCCUUGUAGGGAUUGGUUUAAUCAAGGACCAAACGAAAUGGCAAGUGAGGAUUUCAUGAAGUGAAACAACCUCAGAUCAAAAUUAAGCAUAAAAAGUAAGAUUUGUAAAUAAUUAUUGAUUAAGUAGGUAUGUUAGAUUUUAAUUUAUUGGACUGACAGAUUUAAUGAACCAUAGAAAAGUAUUAUUGUAUUAUUGCCUAAGUUUCAUUCCAAAAACACACAAGAAAACAACGCACCAUAUUUUUAUUUUUGUCUGGAAACUCUAUACCACGUACACUCUUUAAAAAUAUUUAUGUUAAUGUAAAUAAAAUAUUUUUAAGUAUUUUAAAUUGUAAAAACAUGUCUGUGUGUUUUCAAAACAUGUUCGUGAAUUAAUUAGGUAUCGAUAAAAUUCUAAAAAUUGAAGCGCGCUAGAAUACAAUAAAGCGAUUGUAGAACGGUGUAAAAACAACGUCUCGCCGUCAGAAAAGAAUAAUAACAUCCACGUUAAUUACCACUAAGCACGAACUGUUUUGUAAGCGGCCUACACCGAACGUGCCGUGUCAUGCUGAGGAAAAGAUGAUUUCAUGAACAGAUUUUAAAGCCAUCGGAAAACAUUGUAAAGUGGUGGGCGCCCAGCGCCUCCACAAUAUAAUUUACUGUACAAUGUGUAAAUUAUUUUCCACAAAGGAAAAUUGCCAUAUAGCAAAAUAAUUCAAGGAAAUUUAACUCCAUAUGUUAAAAUUAUUGCGGUCUAAAGUUAUGAACAACUUAACAUCUGCGACGAAAUGUGUCCGCUUUGCUCAAACCACAAUUUCAACAAAAUUCACUUCAAAACUUCUAAAUUACAAUAAUUAAAUAAUAUUAAAGGUUAGUUAUAAUAUAAUACAUUAAUAUUUAUAGUUUAUAUUUGAGUUAAAGAAGUACUUGAAAGUGUCUGAGGACUUUAUACACUUGUACUCGAAAAUUUAUGAAUAUUUGUACGUUUGCGUCGGUUUGCAAUGCGAGAUUGAAGAUUGUCGAGCUGUUUGCUCGGUCGGAUGCUUCAGUAGAGCAUAUGUGUGCCGGCUGCUGCCACCACCGCCACCGCUGAAUAUGAACCUAGUCGACACACAUACACAUAUGCUCACUGGCGGCCGCAGUCAGUCGCCGAGAAAGACAUCCAGCAGGUUCGCGCGCGCCACAAGUUCGUUUCGGUGCGCCGCGGGCCAUUCGGGCGACAUAUUUUCCGAGCAGAACGCGAUUGUGCUCCGCCGCCUCCCCGCAAACCGCGCCUAGACCCGGCUGAAUUGUCGGCUGCAUUACUACACUGUUACAAUGCGCAAGAACAAUUAUUUCGCAAAAAUAGUGGUUUAAUUUAAGCUAUAAUUUUACGUUGCGUUUCGAUCUCAUUACCCGAUGUGUACAUAAAUAAUUAAACGCAGAGUAGAUAAAAAUUGCGUUGUAUGAACUAGCCUAGCAUGAGUGGUUUAACUUGUAUGGUAAUAUAAGCAAUAAUUUGUUUAAACUAAUGGCCCUUAUUAAAUAUGUAAUUUAUUUUGUUAAACGGGUUUGUAAUGCCAUUGGAAAAGGGUUAAACUCACACAUUGAGUCACAAAUUAUAGUUUUAUUAAUUUUAUGUAGACAUGCCAUGCGAAAAAAAAUCUAAAAAUAUUAUAGGCAACCAAUCAUACACGCAAUAUGCUAUUUGGGUUGCCAAAACGUGUAAAUAUUUUAUUUUGACAAAAUGUGCCAAUAUUUAUUACAUUAAUUAAUAUUACAUGGACUAAACUGGGAUAAACUGUAUUAGAGUAAUAAUUUUAGGUUAAGUAUAUAUGUAGGUAUUAUUUUAGUGCAAUAUAUUUAACUAUAUUAUUCUGAUUUAAUCUGAACUGAAGCAAAUAAAUGAAUAUUAAUUUUUUGAUUACA